AUGAUGGGUGGAAGCAGUGCACAGAAGCUAACAACAAAUGAUGCCUUGGCAUAUCUCAAGGCAGUAAAGGACAUAUUUCAGGAUAGAAAAGAUAUAUAUGAUCAGUUCCUUGAAGUCAUGAAGGAUUUUAAGGCUCAAAGAACUGAUACUACUGGUGUCAUAGCUAGAGUGAAGGAUUUGUUUAGAGGCCAUAGAGACCUUAUUUUGGGGUUCAAUACCUUUUUGCCUAAGGGAUAUGAAAUUACUCUCCCUCCUCCAAAUGAAUCUCAGCUGGUGAAGAAGCCGGUUGACUUUGAAGAAGCAAUCAGUUUUGUAAACAAAAUUAAGACUAGGUUUCAAGGUGAUGACCAUGUGUAUAAAUCUUUUCUUGACAUUUUGAACAUGUACAGAAAGGAAAACAAAAGAAUUACAGAGGUUUAUGAACAGGUGGCAAUCCUUUUCCGCGACCAUCAUGACCUCCUUGAUGAGUUUAGUCAUUUUUUGCCGGACAACUCUGCUUCUGGAUCUAUCCAGAAUACUCAGCCUGGGCGGAAUGGUAUCUUACGUCGUGAUGACAGAGGUUCUCCAAUGAGAAUGACGAAGCCUAUGCAAAUUGAGAAGAAAGCUUCUGCUUCAUAUGUUGAGCCUGACCACAGUGUUCAUCGGUCUGAUCGCGGCAAUGAGAAGCUACUGAUGAGAUCUGACAAAGAUCCACGGCGGCGUUUUAAAGACGAAAAGGACAGACAUGAAGACAGAGAACAUGUAGAACGCAACCAUGAUGAUAGAGAUUUGGAUGACAGGAAGCAACACUUUUCUUCCCGCAGGAAAUCUGCUUACAAGGAAGAUUCUGAUGCUGGCCAAUUGCAUCAAGGAGGCCAAGGGCUUGCUUUCUGCGAGAGGGUGAGAAAGAGACUGCACAAUUCUGAUGAUUUCCAGGAAUUUUUGAAGUGUCUUAACUUCUAUGAUGCUGAUAAUAUAUCAAAAACCCAACUACAAGCUCUGGCGGAAAAAAUACUUGGAAGAUAUCCGGACCUUAUGGAGGAAUUCGAUGAAAUUUUAGCUCAAUGCGAUAAGACUAAUGGUGGUCUUGCUGCUGUUAUGGGAAAAAGAUUCCUUUGGAAUGAUGGACAUGUUUCCAGAUCAAUGAAAGUAGAGGACAGAGAGAGAGAUCAAGAAUGGGACAGGGAAGACAGAGAUAAGGAUCAUAUUAAUAAAGAAAGAGACAGAUCCGAUAGAGGGCUUGCCUUCAGCUAUAAAGACACUGUAGGACAGAGGGUGUCAUCAUAUCCAAGCAAAGAUAAACUUUGGGCAAAACCAAUCCAAGAACUUGACCUAUCAAACUGUGAGAGCUGUACUCCCAGUUAUCGGCUUCUUCCAAAAAGUUAUCCAAUUCCUUUAGCUAGCCAUAAAACUGCAGUUGGUGCCCAAGUACUGAACGAUCACUGGGUAUCUGUUACUUCUGGUAGCGAAGAUUAUUCUUUCAAACACAUGCGCAAAAACCAAUAUGAAGAAAGCUUGUUCCGUUGUGAAGAUGACCGAUUUGAAUUGGAUAUGUUGUUAGAAUCUGUAAAUGCAACAAUAAGCCGUGUUGAAGAUAUGCUAGACAAGGUGAAUGAUGGUAUAAGUCCUCGUCUUGAAGACAAUUUUAAUGCUCUUAAUCUUAGGUGCAUUGAGCGUCUGUAUGGUGACCAUGGGCUUGAUGUCAUGGAUGUUCUGAGGAGGAGCCCGUCUUGUGCACUCCCAGUUAUACUAACUCGCUUAAAGCAGAAGCAAGAGGAAUGGGCUAGAUGUCGCUCUGAUUUUAAUAAAGUAUGGGCUGAAAUAUAUGCGAAAAAUUAUCACAAAUCCCUUGAUCAUCGGAGCUUCUAUUUCAAACAGCAGGAUACGAAAAGCUUGAGCACUAAAGUGCUACUAGCUGAGAUCAGAGAAAUCUUUGACAAAAGGAGCCAAGAAGAUGAUAUGCUGCUGUCUACAAUCUCUGGAGUGCGACAACCUAUAGUUCCUCAUUUGGAGUUCGAGUAUCCUGAUCCAAGCCUCCAUGAAGAUCUUUAUCAACUUAUCAAAUAUUCAUGUGGAGAAAUUUGCUCCUCUGAACAGGAUAAACUUAUGAGGAUUUGGACAACUUUCCUGGAACCUAUGCUUGGUAUACCUUCUAGACCUCAGGAUAUUGAGGAUACUAAGGACGAUGUAAAGGCCAAUGAUGAUGUUGUUGGAGUAACUGACAGUGGUGUGGAAGAAAGAAAAGGUAGUACUGCUGGAAGUAUAUCUGCCCCUGAUUGCAAACACUCUACUGCCUGCUUUAAUGGAGAUGAUUAUACGCACUCGGAGCAUUCAACUUCAAGAAAUGGUGAUAAUGAGAAGGAAGAUGAUUCAGGUGAUGGAGCCAAUGAGACAGAUAGUUUAUGUAACACAUCCCAACCAGAAAAAUGCAAUGAACAACCGCUGCCAGAUGAAACCUUUGGGAAUAACAAGCAAGCAGCUGUGAGUGAACUGCUCCCUUCUCCUGAUGCUGAUGGAUUGGACAGGAGUAAACCUGAAAAAGCUUCAAGAACCUCUGCUGGAGAAUCUGGGCGUCUCAGUGCUGAAUGUGAGAGUGUUGAUUGUACCGGACUUGAAUCGUGUUCAGUCCCUGCUGUUUCAACUAAAAAACACCUAGAAGAAUCCAGGGCCAAAUUCAAGAUUGAGAGAGAGGAGGGAGAAUUGUCUCCUGCUGCUGGUGAUUUUGAGGAGAAUAAUUUUGAAGAAUGUAACAAGUUGGAAACUGACUCAAAGGACAGUGGUAGCCGGCAGAAUCUGAUUGCAUUGGAAGUAGGGGACAUUGUUUUGAAGGAUGCAGUGGAAGAAAAUGAUGGUGCUGAUGGUGAUGGCGAGGAGAGUGCUCACAGGUUAUCGGAGGACAGCGAGAAUGCUCCUGGAAAUGGUGAUGUUUCAGCCAGUGAAUCAGCCGAUGGAGAAGAGUGCUCACCUGAAGAGCCUGAUGAAGAUGGGGAUCAUGAUGCCAAUGAUAACAAGAUUGAGAGUGAAGGUGAGGCAGAGGCAUUAGCAGAUGAUCAGGAUGCUGAAGGAAUUGAAGGUACCCUGGCAUCAUCAGAACGUUUUCUACAGAGUGGAAAGCCCCUUAUGAAAUUAAACCCUCAGGGAUCGACUGAUGGGGAGAUGAAUUCACAACUCUUUUAUGGGAAUGAUUCCUUCUAUGUGCUUUUCAGGCUUCACCACAUACUCUAUGAAAGAAUACAUAAGGCAAAGUUACACUCUUCUACUGCUGAAAAUAAAUGGAGGGCCUCUAAUGAUACAAACUCAGCAGACUCAUAUUCAAGGUUUAUGAAUGCUCUUUAUAGUUUAUUGGAUGGAUCUUCUGACAAUGCCAAGUUUGAGGAUGACUGCCGCGCUAUCAUUGGAACUCAAUCUUAUUUACUUUUCACAUUGGACAAGCUGAUAUAUAAACUUGUGAAACAGCUACAAACUAUUGCUACUGAUGAUUCAAACACCAAACUUCUCCUACUACAAGGAUAUGAGAGAUUAAGAAAAAAAGGGAAAUUUAUCGAUCAUUACUAUAACGAAAAUAUUCGUGUCUUUCUGCCUGAUGAGAACAUUUAUCGGAUAGAAACCUUGUCUGCACCAACGCGAUUGUCUAUACAGCUUAUGGACUAUUGGUUUGAUAAGCCAGAUUCAAAUGUUGUUCCUAUGGAUACAAAAUUUUCAGCUUAUCUGACAGAGUAUCUCUCUGAGGUUCCUGAGAGAAUCGUUAAGCCUGGAUUGUUCUUGAGGAGAAAUAAGCGCAAAUAUACAAAUCUAGAUGAAGCUGACGCUUUCAUGGACGCUAUGGAGGGAGUUGACAUGAUUAAUGCUCUCGAAUGUAGGAUAGAUGCCAGUACAUCAAAGGUAUAUUAUGUUUUAGAUACAGAAGACUUCUUUCACAGGAAGAAGAAGAGAAAGACUUUGCAUCAGAAUGGUUCAAGCAACAGUGCCACCAAGGUAAUCUAUUGGAAUAUCCUUGACAACUGAAAAUUACAACAUGUUAAUUUACUGGAAUAUCCUUGACAACUGAAAAAUACAACAUGUUGGCCUUUAUUAUUAUUCCACUAUCGCGGUACGGUCUAUUGAUCACAGUUCACUGACAAUUGAAAACUAAAAAUUAAAAAAAAAAGGGUUUCUGCCAGUUAUUCAAGUUGUUCCGCGUAUUGCGUUAUAUGGAUAUGACAAAAGUUGGGGGACAAAUAGUUCCUGAAUUAUGGACUCAGGCUUUACCAUUUCAAUUAGAUGAUAUUUCCGUGCUCCCAAUUUUUGUAUUUUAUUCAACUCUUUGCAUGUAUAAAAAACUCCAAUCUUUUGUUCCAUGUUCUCUCUGUUCAAGUCCUUUUCUUAGUUACCGUGGCUGAUAUUUUGCUUUUCUAUUUCUUCGAAGGCACUUCAAAAUGCAUAAGUUAGGAUAGCAGAAAAGAGUUCAACCGGAAG